GGUCAACAUCAUCAAUUAAUUAAUUUCUUGACUGAAAUAUCGUUUACGCCUUUAUUCCACCAAUUCUUUCUACCAGUAUACUCAUUAUACUGACUAAUAUCGUUCUCACUGCAACUUCCAGUACUUGUACUCUUUGUAAGAUACAUGGUCCUUGAAUUUUAUUCCGUCCCUGUCUAAUUAUAACUAAAAAAAGCUAGGCAUCCCAUCCCACGCACCGACCGAAUAUCACCACUUUCGUAUCUACCAACCAAUUACCGCAUGUACCACAUCUGAUUUGAUAGGUUUUGUCAUAUUUGUAAUUUGUCAUUUUGUCUGAUUAUCACUGCUUAUCAUACUAAUCUAGAAAUGAAGAAAUCUGGUUCAAUGGCUAUAAAUGAAGAGGCCGGUUCUCACUCCGGUCCAUCAUCGUUAUCAUUAGAUGGCAGCAGUACCAGUAGCUCUUCAUCCUCCAAUUCGAAUGCGGCAUUCCCACCUGUCAAACAUGAAGAAAAUGACAACUUGACUUCAACGUCACCUGACUUGUCAUUAUCAUCUGGUUCUUCAUCAUCUGAUCAUCAUGAAGAAGACGAAGAAGAAGAAGAAGAAGUAACUACUUCUUCCCGUCACUCAAACGCACCACAACCCAUUGAACAAGCUUGUGAUUCAUGCCGUAAACGCAAGUUGAAGUGUUCUAAAGAAUUACCUAAAUGUUCGAAAUGUAUUCAACACAAAUGGUGCUGUACUUAUAGUCCACGUACAGUGCGUUCUCCAUUAACGAGAGCUCAUUUGACUGAUGUGGAAAAUAAGUUGAAAACCAUUCAGGAUAUGGUAUACUAUUUAUUACCCAAUGUUCAAAGUGAGUAUGAAUUGGAUAAUUUGUUAACUAAUGAUCGUUACAGAACAGUAUUGAAACCCAUCCUUGAAGUUGCAACUGAAGGCUCAGAUUCUCAAUCCGAUAAGAAAAGUGUCAGCAAUAAUUUUCGUUUCCAGUCCAAUCUUACCCGAUCAUUGAAACAGGAGACUGAAACAUUUCAUGAUCAUGAAUCUUUGACUUCCAAUUCCAAUUCCAAUUCUAAUUCUAAUUCUAAUUCUAAUUCUAAUUCCAACUCAAUUGCUCAUUCGCCAACCUAUUCAAUAUUUUCCAAUGAGGAUAUUGACAAACCCCAACCCCUCCAACAGAAUAUUCUCCAUAGUCAACAACAGCCACAACAUCGUUAUGAUUAUAAUCAAAUCCAUCCGGUUAUGUCGGCCAUCACUUCAAAUUCAUCAUCUCCCCGUCUGAAACAACAGGCUUAUCCUCUUGAACACUCCAAAUCUACACCCACUAUACCUCAAUCCACUAUAAACUCAACCACAAGUGUUCCUAAUAUGCCUAACAUUGAUGACGAUAUCUAUUACACUGGUAUGGGCAAGCUUGAUAAGGUUAAGAUUAAACAAGAAAUCAUUAAUGAUUUCAUUCUUAACAAUAUUCCCACCGAUGAGAAUAUAAUGUCUUCAUUCAAUAAUCAAAGUGUCAAGAAAUCAAUGGACAAUUUGAUGCCCCAGAAUGGAUUCAAGUUUGUUACUCCGGCUGUAUUUAAGAGCUAUCAAUAUCAAUUGUCGCAGCAAAUUCAACAACAGCAACAACAAGAACAACAAGAACAACAGGCUCAAACUGCCAAUAACAAUAGUUACUAUCAAUCGGUUCAGACUUCUACCAGUAACUCGCUUACAUCGCCAAGUUCGUUAUUGUCACUCAAUUCGUAUAAUUACGGUGAAGAUGAUGCUGCUAUUGAUGAAGAAGUUCAAAUCAGUCGUCGCCAUCAGAAACACAGUAAUGUUCACCAUCAUAGUCGUGAUGUUCAAGAAGACGAGGAGGAUGAAUUCUUCUUAUCUACACAACCAAUAUUGAAGAGAUGUAAGACAUGUUCUUCCUGUUCAUCGGCUUCGUCGAUGGUGGACCAUCCCAAGAUCCAAUUCAAUCCCACCAGGAUCAGUAAGCAAUUGGACAAUACCAAUACCAAUUACAACACAAACAUAAAUAUUAAUACUAAAACCAAUUCCCAUACCCAUACCAAUACAAACGUGCCAAUUCACACUGCCAAUACUGUAACCAAUACAGCUUCCACUAAUGAACUUGGAUUGUUCUCUGCUGAUGUAUCCAAUUAUGAUUUGAUAUUUGAUGAAGUCAUGGACGACUCCCACAUAAUUAAUGCUUGAAAUGAUAUUCUUCUCCUUCCCCUUUACCUUUUACCCUUUGUUCUUUUACUUCGUUUAACUUAGCUUAACUUUGCCUUUUGUUAUAUUUUCCCACAAACUAAAAAAUAUUUAUUAGGAUUAUUAUCAUGAUUGUUAUAUUUAUUCAUUGCUUGAUGGUUCUGGUUCUAUUGCUUAUGAUAUGACUUGUUAGAUUGCUUUCUACAUCUAUUCAUAAUAUCCCUCCACUUAUAGACACUUUGUUUUUAAUUUGUUUUUGUUAUUGUUAAUUGUUUAACAUCCGUGUGCCUUUAUUUCCCUUUGUUAUUGAAUCUGACUGGUAUAUAUAUACAUCCCCGAGUAAUACUCCUAUAUAUAAUGGUUUAUAUGCCCUAAUGUGAUGCAAUGUUCUGGAUUUAACUGUA